AUGGCGCGAAAUGAAGGUGACCAUCGACUUCGCGAUCGCUUCGGCAGCAUUUUUACCAACUAUCUAAGCGCAAGAUUUCUCUUAAAUGACAACCAACAACGGGCAAGAGAUGUAGCGCAGUUUCAAGGAGAGAAUUACAUUGAAGUCAACGGAGACGAGACCGAUUUAGGCCGUGGACCUGCUGAUGUGGCACAAUUACUCAUUAACUUUGGAGAUAAUAUAGAAGACCUUCGAAGUGUCACUCACGAUUAUAUCGAUCAAACAUUGCAUUGGGCAAUCAGUAGUCAUGAAAUAGACAGCCGAGAGAGAGGCAACUUAAAAGAGCUGAGGCGUUUAGCGUUUUUACCUAGAAGGAUUGUUGGACAGAAAACAUAA